AUGCGAACAAAACAUCUGAGGAUCCAUACUGGUGAGAAACCUUAUUCCUGUGAUCAUUGUUCAAAGGCAUUUUCCCGGCUUGAAACCUUAAAAUCACAUCGGAGAACCCAUACUGGCGAGGAACCGUAUUCGUGUGAGCAAUGCUCAAAGACAUUUUCCAUCGCUUCAAAAUUAAAGCAACAUCUGAUGACCCAUACUGGACAAAAACCGUAUUCAUGUGAAAUUUGUUCAAAGGCAUUUUCACAGCUUGAAAACUUAAAAUCACAUCGGAGAACCCAUACUGGCGAGAAACCGUAUUCAUGUGAACAUUGUUCAAAAACAUUUUCCCACGUUCAAAGCUUAAAAUCGCAUGUGAGAACUCAUUCUGGCGAGAAACCGUAUUCAUGUGAACAAUGCUCUAAGGCAUUUUCUCACCUUGGAUGCUUAAAAUCACAUCGGAGAACCCAUACUGGCGAGAAACCGUAUUCAUGUGAACAUUGUUCAAAAACAUUUUCCCACGUUCAAAACUUAAAAUCGCAUGUGAGAACUCAUUCUGGCGAGAAACCGUAUUCAUGUGAACAAUGCUCUAAGGCAUUUUCUUACCUUGGAUGCUUAAAAUCACAUCGGAGAACCCAUACUGGCGAGAAACCGUAUUCAUGUGAACAUUGUUCAAAAACAUUUUCCCACGUUCAAAGCUUAAAAUCACAUCUGAAAACCCAUACUGGCGAGAAACCGCAUUCCUGUGAACAUUGUUCAAAGAUAUUUUUCAAUGCUUCAGGGUUUAAGAGACAUCUGAGGAGCCAUACUGGCUAGAAACCGUAUUCAUAUGAACAUUGUUUAAAGGCCUUUUCCAACACUUCAGAUUUAAAGAAACAUCUGUUGAACUAUACUGGACAGAAACCGUAUUUAUGUGAAAUUUGUUCAAGAGCAUUUUGCCAACU